AUGCGUAUCUGCAACUUUUUUCUUCUUCUUCUGAUAAUACAAGGUGAUAUCUAUCUAUCUAUCUCUCUAUCUAUCUAUCUAUCUAUGUUGGUCUGUUCAUAUCUAUUUAUCAAACUAUAUUGGUUUGUUCAGAUCUAUCUAUGUUGGUCGGUUAAUAUCUAUCCAUGUUGGUCGGUUCAUAUCUAUCUAUUUAUCUAUCUAUCGAUCUAUCUAUCUAUCUAUUAUUCUAUCUAUCUAUUAUUCUAUCUAUCUAUCUUGGGCGGCUAUUGCAGACGCUCGCUCAGACACUUUUUCCACUCAUUAUCUAUCUAUCUAUCUAUCUAUCUAUCUAUCUAUCUAUCUAUCUUCUUUUUAUAUUUGUAUAUCUUCAUCUAUCUAUCUAUCUAUCUAUCUAUCUUCUUUUUAUAUUUGUAUAUCUUCAUCUAUCUAUCUAUCUAUCUAUCUAUCUAUCUGGGUCUCUUCAAAUCUAUCUAUCUAUCUAUCUAUCUAUCUCCUUUUAAUAUUUGUAUAUAUUCAUCUAUCUAUCUAUCUAUCUAUCUAUCUAUCUAUCUAUCUAUCUAUCUAUCUCCUUUUUAUAUUUUUAUAUUUUCAUCUAUCUAUCUAUCUAUCUAUCUAUCUGUCCAUCUUGGUCUCUUCAAAUCUAUCUAUCUAUCUUUUUAUAUUUGUAUAUCUUCAUCUAUCUAUCUAUCUAUCUGCGUCUCUUCAAAUCUAUCUAUCUAUCUUCUUUUUAUAUUUGUAUAUUUUCAUCUAUCUAUCUAUCUAUCUAUCUAUCUAUCUAUCUAUCUGCGUCUCUUCAAAUCUAUCUAUCUAUUUAUCUAUCUAUCUUCUUUUUAUAUUUGUAUAUCUUCAUCUAUCUAUCUAUCUUCUUUUUAUAUUUGUAUAUCUAUCUAUCUAUCUAUCUAUCUAUCUAUCUAUCUAUCUAUCUGCGUCUCUUCAAAUCUAUCUAUCUAUCUUCUUUUUAUAUUUGUAUAUCUUCAUCUAUCUAUCUAUCUAUCUAUCUAUCUAUCUAUCUAUCUAUCUAUCUGUAUUUAA